AUGAUGGCUGCCCCUUGUGGAUUGAAUUCCGCGGAUAUCAAUCUGGAUCGAGAGGUUCAAUAUUUCCGCAGCUGUCCUAUUAACGGAAUGACGUAUCGCAUUGGGUUUGGUCGUUCGCUACUUAUCGAUAUCCGUUCGGCGACGCAUUCUAUUGUUCGCGAGUUCCUGUUCUACACUCGGGCAUGUGGCUAUAAAAUCAAUCGCUUUCAAAUCUGGGCCUCGCGUUCACUCGAGCACAGCGAAGUGUUCUUUGAAGCGUCCCUCUUUGAUCCAGUCACCGGUCGAUUAGUCUAUAGCAGUACCAAGACAACCCGGAUGGGAGCUGUUCUUGACUUGUGUGGCCUGAUGAUUCGCAUCAUUAACCACCGACGUUUUUUGAAUCAAGUUGUGAAUGGUAUCUUGCUUGCAAAAAAGGAUCAUCGUAGCAUUGAGAUGACCAAUGAGCUAUCGGAAACGAUAAAGUUGGAUUGUGGUUCAGAAGAUGACGACCUAGGAACGCUCAGCGUGAAGCCAGGUCAUAAAAUUGUUUGGAGCUUUCCUACCCAAGAAGAAACGUGGUAUGAAUGCGAAAUCUGGGCAGCUGGUGGACGACAUAAGGUUUUCGAAAUCUUCCCUGGCCCCAAAAUGAUCGGGAGGAAAAAGAAGACCAUGUUCUGGAUGUUGCGCUUUGAUGGGAUUUACGAGGGGCCACAAACGAUCCGCUACAAGACCGGGAAGCGGCAACACGACGGGACAGCGAUAAUAAUGCGGGCGCUGCUCGCCCUUUUUAUUUUUUUCGGCCCGGCUAUAGGGAAAGAGAUCGCCCUGAACCUGCCGUGCAACAAUGAGCUGGACGGGCUUUUGGCUCAAGACCCCGAAGGCAAUGAAUCGGCUUUUUUGCAAUGUAUUGCCGUUGAAGGCGUGAAUGGAAUCGGCUUCUGGGAGCGCAAAUUUUGCCCCAAUAAUAUGGUUUUCGACUUUGUCGGCCAGCAAUGCAAGGAUGAGGAGAAGAGGCAUUGGCGCAAGGAGCCGAACAAGUUCAAUAUUGCCAUCCUGAACAAUUCUUGCGCCCGCGGUGAGCAGUGUAUUGGUGGUACGGUGUGCGACCUGGAGACGCUUCGUUGUUUGUGUCCAUACGGCACACAGGCCGAUCUUGACACGCUCUCCUGUAUAACCCCCGGGAUGCCCAGCCAGUUCAGUGCGUUCGCUGGCGGAUUUAAACAACCCCCUGCGCAGUUCGGUUCAAAUGUUGGAGGCGGAAAUAUCGAUGUUGGGUUCUUGCCAAAUGCGGGUCAGCCCCCGCAGACGCAGAUGCCUUUCAAUUUCAACUUCAACAUGAAUAAUCACAAUAAGAUGCCACCAGUUGGAAUGGGGACCAACCAAGGAAUCCCCGAUUUCCUGCAACCAACCGGAAAUUCUGGAAUGGAUUUCAAGCCCAACCCCUUCGUCAUCCCGCCAGCACCAAUGUCGAAGAAGGUCCCGAUCCUUGCUGCUCCUGGACGAUCAUGCAAAGAUGGAGAGCUGUGCACCGGUGGAUCCCUAUGCACGAGACCACUCGGCAUGUGUUUGUGCCCCGGGGACCUCGAAGAACGACAGGGCGAAUGUGUACUCCCCGAACGUGCUGCCAUCCACAUCGGAAAAGUUGGAAUCGGUGCCAUCUGCGGAGAACUGGCAGAAUGUGAUCAUGGCUCCACCUGCGUCAACGGCCGCUGCAUGUGUGUCUCGCCCCUCAUCCAAGAGGAUGGUCGGUGCAUUAUGCAACCCCAACUAAAGGAAGUCGGGCCCGGAGAGCUCUGCGAUAACGGCGAGGUCUGCAUCAAGGGCUCGAUCUGCGACACGGUGAUCCCAGUCUGCGUCUGCCCUACUGACACGGAUCUCCGUGAUGGAGAAUGUGUCAGGAUGAAGCAGUCGAACUUUGUUCGUCCCUUGCCACCGAUUGCUCCUUGGGCUACCAAGGCGCCGGCUUUCCCUGCACCUCCAAGCUCUGCUAUUCCGUUGGUACCGGUGCAGCCUUUCACACCACCACCUCAGAAGCCAAUGCCGAUCGCGCCACCAGUCCAACCCUACCAACCGCCGGUGUCCUACACCACCGAACCACCAUUCCGCCCUCUACCAGUGUUCCCAACUGCUCCUCCGCCAAUUCAGCAACCGCUUCCCCCAAGGCCAUUGCCAACCCGUGUUCCGGAGAGGCCAACCUACAACACGCAACGACCAACCUAUCCAACCCAGGCCCCCAUCAUCACCACUCCGCGCCCAGCAUUCAAGACCGCCGCACCAAAUCCAGACGGCCCACAAUCCUAUCGCGCCAUUAAUGCCCCGCCUUCACAAGCAGUCAAGCAGAACAUCAUCAAGCUCGGAGGCAGCAAACAGGCUGGAGUUGGUGUCCGAUGCGCUUUAAACACUGACUGUAUGGUCGGUGCUUAUUGCAAUGGUAACACCAACCCACCAUCUUGCCAGUGCCUGUCCACACAUGUAAACGUUGAUGGAAAGUGCGAGAAAGUAAUUUACCCGGGUCAAAUCGGUUGCUUCACCGACGUGCAAUGCUCAUCAGCCUACGUGGGCACCAAGUGCUUCGACCGUAUCUGCGUCUGCCCGCAAGGCCAAAAGGCUGUCGAUCAGACCUGCGUGCCUAUCAAUGAAGUCGUCACGUCACCGCCGGGAGGUAGCUGCUCUGGGGAGCGCGAAUGCACUGGAGGUGCAAUCUGUCGGGAGGGAUGGUGUGUCUGCCCGCACAGCACGAUGAUUGUGCAGAAGGGAAUCUGUGUGCAAACGCAGCCUAGACCUACCGUACCUCCAAGAGCAACGGCCCCACCACAGACGACAGCCAAAGCAUUCCCGACCUUCCCAACUGCCCCACCCACGGUUUAUACUCAGCCGCCAACUAGACAGCCGGUUGCAGUAGGUAGAAAGGCGACCCCAGGAUCGCAAUGCGGUCCUUUGGACACCUGCGUUGGUGGUUCAAUGUGCGUUGAAGGCUACUGCCUCUGCCCCGCCGGUACCCAUGCCGGAGACCUCGGCCGAUGCGUCGCCACUGCCGCCGCCACCACAACUCCCUACCCUGCACCAGCAGGUGGUAAUGUACUUCGUGUUCGCCCUCAGACAGCCCCACCACAACCACCGCCCGUAUUCGCUUCCCUGCCCACACGCCGCCCACCAGCCGCCAGUAUUGAAGUGCCACUAACACCGAGUGCGGGCAGUAACCCCGUUCCGCCGCCCCGGCCAUCGCCGAACGACAACAACGACAAUGACGACGACGACGACGACGCAGAAUGCCGAGCAAUUGGUCUUAUUUGUAAAGGGAAUACCGUAUGCCGGAAUCGGUCGUGCCAAUGCCCGGAUGGCCACGUAUUGCUCGGCGACGCCUGCGUGCUUCCCGAAAAUGAGAAGAAAGCGUCGAGGAAGGGGAAGAGCUGGAGCCCAGCCAACAGCGCGAAGUACGCGAGGCCAAUGGACGAUUGUUCGAACGGUGAGACCUGUAUUGGUGGAGCCGAGUGUGCCGAGUUGUCGGAUGGAACCACCAAGUGUAUCUGCCCGAUGGAGAAGCCUAUUGCCAAGGGCGAUUAUUGUGUUGCUGAUCAGGCUCCAGUCAAGAGAGUAGCUUUCCCAGGAGCUAACUGUGACGAAAAUACAGUAUGUGCCAAAGGAUCAAUGUGCCAAAACGGUAUCUGCCGAUGCCCCUCUACCCAAGUAGCGAUUGGAGGAGUUUGUGUGACCCCACCACCAGUCACCGCAGCACCGACCGCUGCUCCGGCUACCAGAACCGCCAAUCCGUUCGAGUCGUGCGAAGAAGGGGAAAUUUGUUCCGGAGGUUCUAGCUGCGAUGAAGACACCGGCCGCUGCAUGUGCCCAAUCGGCCAGAUCGUCAUGCUGAACGAGUGCAAAUACCCGCCAACGACACCAAAAAUGCCAGUGGCGAAAUCGGUCGGCUGCCAAUCCGAUUCGGAAUGUGGCGCCGAGCGGGUGUGCGUCGUGGGUGCAUGCAAGUGUCGUCCCGGCUUCGUCGACUUUUCUGGCAAAUGUGAACCCUUGGAAGCUGUGGAGGUGAAUGAGAGGCCAGCCCCGGUCUCAUUCGCCAGACACAAGGUGCAGAGUCUGGCUCGUGAGGAGGAAGUGAAACAAUUUUCCUCGAUGCCCUCCCUAGAAGUGAAGAUCGGCGGUAAAUGCAGCCCGUUCGAUGACUGCUUACGUGGAAGUGAAUGUAUUAAUGGAAUAUGCAAAUGCCCGCCCACAACACAACUCGAAAAAGGCGAAUGCGUUCGAGAGCACCGGAAGGAUAUUGCAUUCCCGGGUGAUAGUUGUGCAUUAGGGCAACUCUGUGCUGGUGGAUCGAUCUGCGAUAAUGACUCGUCCAAGUGUAUUUGUGGGGCUGGAUUUAUUAAGAUGGGAAGGAGAUGUAAUAGCAAAGAAGGUCCAAGAUACGCCAGCCCUGGUGAUAUGUGCGGUGAUGGCGAAGAAUGCUCAGGCGGUUCCGUUUGCUACAAUGGACGUUGCAUUUGUGAUGCUCAGCACUAUGCGAGCAGUGGAUACUGUAGACCGAUCGGGUCGCCAAAUUCUGACGUGCGAUUGGAUGGCAACGGACUUCGUUUCUCCUCGAAACAGGUUCCCGACAGGAAAAUGGCACAAGAUUGCAAUCCAUUUGAAUGCCGACUACCCGAAUGUUUCUGCAGUCGUUCAGGCAAAGAACCACCAGGCGGACUGAAACCCGAACAAAUUCCACAAUUCGUUGUGUUGACCUUCGACGAUUCUGUCAAUGGCCGUACACUCCCAGACUACAAGAAACUGUUCGAAAACGAUCGCUGGUUCAACCCAAAUGGAUGCCCGAUCCGCGGCACCUUCUUCGUCUCGCACGAAUGGACUAAUUACGAUGGUGUUCAAUGGAUCCACCGUAAAGGCCACGAGAUUGCCUCCAACUCAAUUACGCACUCCUCAUUAGAGAACGAGGACACAAGGCGGUGGCUGGGUGAGAUGGAUGGAAUGAGGCGGAUGCUGUCGAAAUUCGGAGGGGCUGAUGAGUCAGAGGUCGUCGGAAUGAGAGGGCCACAAUUGGCGACGGGUGGUGAUGCCCAAUUUGAGAUGAUGAAACGCGCUGGAUUCCUCUAUGACAACACAAUGACAAUCAACCCAGGCUUGGACAGCCCACCAUUCUGGCCCCAGACCCUCGACUACAGGGUGGCAUUUGCCUGCAAUGACAAUAAUUGUCCCACAAAGUCGUUCCCUGGUGUUUGGGAAAUCCCAAUCAAUCAGUUCUACGGUGGCUACAUGAAACAAAUCGAUUCACACCGCCGGGCUAGCAUGAUUAGAGCAGCUACCCAUUUGGAUGCCAGUGAAAAUGAAUUGGUGGAUAUGUUGAUGUCGAAUUUCGAAAGGGCACAUCAUUCGAAUAAGGCACCCUACAUCUUGACGUUGAAUGCUGACUUCUUGCAACUGAAUAACACCGAUGUUGGAAUGAAGAGCUUUGUUCGAUUCAUGGAUGAGGUCUCUAAAAAUAAGGAUGUUUAUUUCGUGACGCUGGAACAACUGGUUAAGUGGAUGCAACGACCAACGACGAUCGCCGAGGCGGCAAAUAGCGAUGCGCUGCGCUGCCGUCGCGCUUUUUCGGACCUCUCGCGUGGGAACUGCAGCAAGCCGAAUAAGUGCAUGUACCGUACCCCGGGUUUGAACAGCCCCGAACAUCAAUUCCUAACUUGCGCCCCAUGCCCCGAUGUAUACCCCUGGCUUGAGAACCCCGUCGGAACUAUU